AUGGAAAGAGCAAUAGUUGUGGUCAACCCAAUGAAGGGGGGAGACAUCUGCGGUCCAGCCGUGGGAAAGGCCUGCCUGUAUUUCUGCAUGUGUGGGCCUUUCGUGGUGCUCAGCUACACCCCGUUUAUCACUAAGUAUGUUCCCGGGCUUGGAUGUGCUGCCAAAAUAUUUCCAGACAUGUUCUGCCACUUCUUGAUCUCCACAAUUGCGAUCAGCGAGGUGCCCCUGACCUUGAUCUUCGUCUGCAACCUGACCAUCAUCAUCUUCUUAAAACGGCAAAACAUGAAGGUCCAUAGUGAGAAACGAAACAAAAAAUUCAAGCGAGCCACAAACAUGUGGCUGUUUCUCGAUUUUUUUCUCCUAAGUAGUUGUCUUCCUAAUGAAGCUGUUAUUUCUCAUGAAGUUGUCGUUUCUCGUGAAGCUGUUUUUGUUUUCCAAAACGAGGUUAUUUCUCACGAACGAGUAUCUGAUGACGUCACCGACGUCCUGCUGGACCUGAACUACGCCAUCAACUUCUACCUCUACGUCAUCACCGGCAAGUCUAUGCGGCGGGAGAUUCGAAGUCUGUUUGGGUGUUUAGGGAAUAGGGAAUCGACCGAUGUGGUGUCAAAUGUUAUUUAG